AUGGAAUCAUUGCUUGAGUGCAUUAUUUGUAAAGAGCCGUAUAACCAAAGUAACCGAGCGCCCAUAAUUUUGACAUGUGGACAUACUUUUUGCAAAUCCUGUGUUCAUAAAAUGUCACAGCAUAGUCAAUAUAUUCGAUGUCCUAUAGAUCGAAAAUUCGAAUCGAGGGAUCUGUCAAGUCUUAACAUGAACUAUGCAAUAGUUCAAAUCCAAGAAUAUGAGAGGACUGGGAUAUUGGCGAAAGAGCGAUGCAAAGCCCAUGAAUUUCCUAUAGUGAUUACAUGCAAAACUUGUAAUAUAGAUUGCUGUCCUAAGUGCAUCAGAAAGCAUUUAUCACAUGAUAUGUACGAUAUGGAGCACCCUACACUAAUACAAGAGCUCGAUAAUUCUAUGAAUGGUUUCGAAAUAAAAAUAAAAGAGUACCUCGAUGCUUCUUUUUCAGCAAAAAAUCGGCUUGAUAAAGAAAUUAGCGAGCUUGAUCACCAAAAAGUGAAAUUAAAAAAAGAAAUCGAAGAUGCGUUUGAGUCACUGAUGAGGAUUCUGGAAAAUAAAAAAAUUCAAAGCAUUCAGCAACUUGACCACAAAAUUAAAGAAAAAGAAGAUUUUUUAAAGCAGAGGCUUAAUGACGUAAAUGAGCAGAUAAAAUACUACUCGAUGCACUAUGACGAGUUCCAGCAUAUGAAAAAGUACUAUAAAGAAAGCACUUUUAUUGACAGAGUGGUCAGCUGCAGAAAUGUUUUGAGAGAACUGAACUUUGUGCAGUUUAUCAAGCCAAAAGAUAUUAAUGACAAUAAAUUGAGGAUUAUUGUGGACACAACUCCGCUGAUUGCUCAUUCUAUUGGGUCCGUUAGUUUCAAUGAAAAAUCAUCGUCAGAAAUAUUAAUGGAGCAGCUUAAUUUUCAAAUUGAAGAAUUAAAAUCAAAUAGCCUGUUUAGCUCUAACCCCGCCUUAUAAUUGAAUAUUCCUAAUAACGACAUUUUUCUCUUUAAAAGGUAUAAAUUGAUUUACAAUAAAACUAACCCAGAACAAAAGCUCAGCUUAGAAAUUCAAUCCAUCUCAAAUUUUUUAUGCAUGUCCGAAAACAUCCCAGAGCUUGCAAAAAUGCACCUAAUCGAGUGCUGUUGCAAUGAAAUUUUAGGCUAUUCUUCACUAAAAUUAAGUGAUCACUUAAAGCAAGAGCUUUCUAAAAAAAUAGAUAAAGCCUAGUGCCUCUUUUACAUCACCCCUGGCUAUCAAAGGCCCUGCAUAUUGUUGUUAUUGGCUUGGGCAAUAUAAGCUAGCAAGUAAGCUGGCAAGUAAAAGCAUAAUAAUAACUUGUUAACUGGGCGGAGCUGACUUUGUAAUUGAUGCUGCCUGACCCUAUUCCAUUAGUUUGGGGGCCUUUUAUAGCCCAGGGCGAUCCAAAAGAGACCAUGGGCUAUACCGAGAGUUUAUUUGAUACAAAAAUUCAAGAAUAUAUCCCAACACUCAGAAGUAAACUAAAGUACGUAAAAGGUUUAAUAUACUCACUAGAAAAAAUCCACGAAAAAGAGUGGGAAAAAGGCUUAUAUGUCUUACAUUGUUUAAUUAUCAAUGAAAAUGAGUACGAUUUUGCUGAGUUGUAUUUGCAGAUCGCAUUGCUCAGAAUAUGCUCCCAAUCAUUUUAUAUAAUAAAUCAGUUUAAAGUGAUUGACGCACUUCCUUUAGUAGACCUUAUAAAGCGAUAUACAAAGUUUCAUUUUCUCCCCUCUACAAUGUGCUAUAAACAAGUGAUGUCAAGCCUAAGAUUUGCUUAUAAAUUCGUAGAAAACCAAAUGCCGGAUUUUUUCUUCCCUUAUUUUAAGACCCAAUAUUCAGCAUAUUUAACUGAAAUGAGUUCUAAAGCGACCGAAAAUAUUCCGUCUGAAUAUCCAUCUGAGCUUUUAGCUAUUUUUCAAGGCCUUGAUAGCUCUGAUUUGCAUUUUUGGAAAGACUCAGAUCUAUCUAAACAAUUUUUAAAUAAAGUCCAUAGGUUCAAAGAAGAAUGUUCUCCGUGGUUCCAGGCUUUGAGAUUUGUCCAAGAAAGAGGGGAAGAACUUUCAGAUUUUGAAUUGGCAGCUUUAGAAAGAUCUCUUAAUUAA